AUGUAAAGAAAAAAUAUUACUUUAUAAUUAAAUCCAAAUGAAGUUUAUUAAUUACCCUUAAGAUAAUUAUCUUUAUUAGAACUACUUUAGAAUAAAUUGAUAAAGAAUAAAUAACACAGAUGUAUAUAAUAAGAUCACUCAGAAACAAUUAUAAAAAAAUAAUAAUUAAAAGCUCCAUUAAGAAACAAAAGUUGUGAGUGUUCAUGUUGUGGAUAAUGGUAAAUAAAAUUAAUAGAUAAAGAAUAAAUUAUUCAAAUAAAUCAGUAAGUAGAUAUCUAGAGGAAAAAAAGAUUAAGAAAAAUAUUUGUAAAUAGUGUUAGAAUGAUUGUCUAAGUUAAUCGGUUUUCUUAAUGUGGUUUAGAAUACUUUGUCAAUCGUUUAAAAAGGAAAAUGUAAAGAAUAAAAUCAUUACAUAUAAUAGAGAAUAAGUAAAUUUAAUUCAUAAAAUGUAAUUCAUAUUCUAUUUUAGCUCAUUAUCAUAUUGAUUUAGGUAGUGUUAUAAAUGAUUAAACUCCUUAAGAUAAUAAUAAUGAAACUUAGAAAACGAAAUAAAAGUAAAAGAAAAUUCAUUUAAGAUUACACAAAAGAAUAGAUAAUAAAUUAUAGAAUACUAGAUAGAAUGAUCAUUUUGAUUUAUCGAAAUAUACUGUAAGAAGUAGAUCAAAUAAUACAAUAAAUUAAUAUAUCUAAUAAAAAUUAGUCCAUGUAAAUUAAUUACCUCCAAUAUCUUUACCAUAGACAGCUAGAUCAAAUAUGAGUGAGAAUAAAUAAUUAGGUCAAUUAUCACCAUAUAAUAGAUUUUCUCAACCUAUUAGAUUAAUAACAAGAUCAGUUUCAACAAAUAAAAGAAGAUAAUGA